AAGGAAAUUACAGUCUGAAUGGUGUCCCAGAAAUGGGGUCUGUGACUGUUGCCUAGAAACUUUAUCAAUCCGUUUCAAAUUUAUUCCAGAUCACAGUUCUGAGAUAAAGUUUAAUAAAAAUCCUCUCCCCAAUGAAAUCCGGCCCUUUCAGAUCAACCAGCUACAAUGAAACCGAACUGUGGAGCAAACCUUAUGCUUAACAUGUAUCUCCCAGACCAUGGAACGGAACAUUUCUUGAAAGACGAGAAAGCUUCCUCAUGGUCGCCCAUAAAUCCGGGAGUGCAGAAAGGCAGCGGACAGAUUCAACUAUGGCAGUUUCUGCUGGAACUCUUAUCUGACAGCUCCAAUAUAAACUGCAUUGCCUGGGAAGGAACUAACGGGGAGUUUAAACUCACUGACCCGGACGAGGUAGCUAGGCGAUGGGGUGAGAGGAAAAGCAAACCGAACAUGAACUACGACAAACUGAGCCGAGCACUCCGCUAUUACUAUGAUAAAAACAUCAUGACCAAAGUCCAUGGGAAACGUUAUGCGUAUAAAUUUGAUUUCCACGGCUUGGCACAAGUCUGCCAGCCUACGUCAACCGAGCACUCUCUGUAUAAAUUUCAGAGUAAUUUCACCCCGAUCCCCUUCUCCGGGAUCUCCAAACUGAAUCUCGUAACACCGGGAGUGUCUGCCUCUGGGUUCUCCUAUUGGGCUGGAUCCACACCGACUCUAUACCCCAGUCAUAGCUUGCAACCACCGGGACCUUUCAGCUCUGUGACUGCCUCUCAUAUCAGCGGUAUUAAUAAUAUUAACAAUUUAAAUAACAUAAAUCACCAUUACCAUUAAACUCACAUUGUGUCAGGCAGCAUCACACUAUUAAACUAUUAAGACACUGUAGCAUCAUUUGUUUAUUUGGGGGUUAUGUGUACAGAUCAUGUUAAUAAAAAUACACUGUGGUUGUUUUCUUUAAAUCUUUAUGCUGCUUAUGAAGAAUGGAUUUUAAAAUGUUCACUUUUUUUCUUUACUCAGAAAAUCGCUUUCAUCAAUGUCUACUGUUUGCAGCAUGUAUUGCCAGUACGACAACAGAAGAAGUACUGCAUGGCAUGCAUAAUUAAUGUUCUAAUAUUAAAAUAUUUGAGUUAUGUAAAAUCUGUAUGCAUUGAUCACGUUGGUUCUUGUAUAGUUAUAACAUCGGUGUAGUUUAGAGCAUGUCAAAUUAAGUGUUAAGACUUUCACC